AGCCCCUUUCUAACAAAACACAACGUUGAGCUUCUUCUCAAAGGCAAAUUAUCAUUAUCGCAGAUUUCCUCAAAUUUCCAACACGGAGAAAGUGAACGAUUGGUUUGAGGUGCACAUGACCUAUAAUCAUAUGGCCAGAUAGGUGGGUCCCCCCUCUUUGUCUCGCGUUGACCACCAGAGCACGAGCGAGUCUUUCCAUGCAACUUUGAGCCAGCUGUUGGUUUGCCAGAGCUAGCCAACUGUUGUCCUCUGCAACAAGGAAACGACAGGCCAGAAUGGUAAUGCUUUAACUGGCCCAGUUUGCAUGAGCAGCGGUAAGCAUAUGUGUUUACGGAGCUUCACUGACAUGCACCAGUGAGGUGACCUGGACAUGUUUUCACGAAAUCCACCAGUGAAUUCAGUGGUUGACAUGCUGUAAACAGGGAGAACAUGGGUCGACAGGGGAACGCAUGAGAGAGAAUGUACUUGAUAUGCUGCAUCACAGUUGAAGGUGCUUAAGUAGAGAAUCAACUCAUUCCAGGAUGGAGGCCUCCAUCAUACUGCCUGUGCUGAAGAAGAGGCUGGCGUUUCUGUCAGGAGGCAAGGACAGGCGCAGUGGUUUGAUCCUGACCAUCCCACUAUGCACUGAACAGACCAGCAUGGAGGAGCUCAGCACCACCCUCAACUACCUGCUGAGCAUUCCCAGUGAGAAGUGUAAAGCUCGAGGUUUCACCGUCAUCGUCGAUGGGAGAAAAUCUCAGUGGAAUAUUGUGAAGACUGUUGUUCUGAUGUUGCAGAAUGUGAUUCCAGCCGAGGUUUCUCUUGUGUGUGUGGUGAAACCCGAUGAAUUCUGGGACAAAAAAGUGACCCAUUUCUGCUUUUGGAAGGAGAAGGACAGGCUUGGCUUUGAGGUGAUUCUGGUGUCUGCCAAUAAGCUUACACGUUACAUCGAGCCAUGCCAGCUGACGGAUGAGUUCGGCGGGAGUCUGGUUUAUGAUCACUUGGACUGGGUCAACAAAAGAUUGGUCUUUGAAAAAUUCACUAAGGAAUCCAGAUCUCUGCUGGAUGAACUUACUGUCAUCAAUGAAAAUGAGAAAGGAAGCCAGGCAGACAAGGACAGGUCUACAGAGAGCAACAUUCUGCCUUCAUUUGAUCCUGAAACAGUUCUUCAAACUGGACAUGAAUUAUUGUCAGAGCUCCAGCAGAGGAGGUUCAAUGGUUCUGAGGGUGGAGGAGGUGGUGGUGGUACGGCCUGGUCACCUAUGGAUGAUGAGCUGCUGGCUCAGCCUCAGGUGAUGAAGCUCCUGGACUCUCUUAGGGAGCAGUACACCAAGUAUCAAGAAGUUUGCAGACAGCGCAGCAAACGCUCCCAGCUAGAGGAAAUCCAGACUAAGGUCAUGCAGGUUGUAAAUUGGCUGGAGGGUCCUGGCACAGAGCAGCUCCGCACACAGUGGGGGAUUGGAGACUCGAUCCGUGCAUCUCAGGCGCUACAACAGAAACACGAGGAGAUUGAGAGUCAGCACAGUGAGUGGUUUGCUGUUUACGUAGAGCUGAAUCAGCAGAUCGCAGCACUGCUGAGCGCAGGAGAUGAAGAGGACCUGAUGGAGCUCAAGGGUCUUCAGCAGCAGCUCAGUGACGUCUGCUACCGACAGGCCAGCCAAUUAGAGUUCAGACAGAACGUCCUGCAAUCUGCCCACGAGUUCCACAUGACCGCCCAAGACUUGUCUCAGCAGUUGGAUGGGCUUUUGGGCUUGCUCUGUGCAGACGUCGCACCUGCAGAUGGAGCUGCAAUCCAGCAAACACUAAAACAUCUUGAGGAGAAACUCAAGAGCGUAGAGGGUGCCUUGCAAAGCUUGAGAGAAAAAGGCCAAGUGCUGCUUGACCAAAUGUCUACCCAGACGUCCUGGUCAUAUGGGAAGGAUGUAGCCAUAGAGAACAAAGACAAUGUCGACCACAUUCACAGCGUCAUGGAGGACAUGCAGCUCCGCAAACAGAGGUGUGAGGACAUGGUUGAUGUGAGAAGGCUGAAGAUGCUGCAGAUGGUUCAGCUCUUCAAGUGUGAGGAGGACGCUUCACAGGCAGUGGAGUGGUUAGGGGAGCUGCUAGACGCUCUGUUGAAGACCCAUAUCCGACUGGGUGAUGAUUCACAGGAAACCAAAGUGCUGCUGGAGAAACACAAGAAGUUUGUGGAUGUUGCACAGAGCACCUAUGAUUACGGCAGGCAGCUGCUGCAGGCCACUGUAGUGCUGUGCCAGUCUCUGCGCUGUACCACCCGCUCCUCGGGGGAGACACUGCCCAGACUCAGCCGUGUGUGGAAGCAGUUCACAGUCACAUCUGAUGAGAGGCAGCACAGACUGGAGAUGGCCAGCGCCUUCCACUCUGCUGCUGACAAGAUUCUGAGAGAGAGCCCUGAUUUAGCUGAGCUGAUGGUGGAUGUGGAGGCAUAUGAAGAGGUAGAGACUGUGGGAAAAGCUCUGCUGGACAGACUCACUGUGCCAGUCAUUUUCCCUGAUGGGAGUGAGCAGUUCUUCGGCAGCCCAGGCGACAUGGCCUCCUCUGCUGAGAGCAUCCGUGACAGGAUGAAGCUAGUGGAAGGAAAGAGAUUCCUAGAAGAAGAGGCAGAGCAACGACUGGAUGAGGAGUCUCUGGAGGCAGAGCCCAGUGAACGUUGAGAACCUGACAUCCUCCAUGGCCCCUUGCAGGAAGUAGCGCAGUCAGCAACAGAACACCUGAUCGUCACGUGCCCUCUCUUCGUCCAGGAGAGUCCGUGGUCACCCGCGCUCUCUCUUGUACUCCACCACACCAAACCAUCUUAAUUUCCCGAGAGCAGUUAAAGAUAGACUCAGGCUCUCAUUGCUUUGCUUACAUGGACAGCUGAAUACUAAAUCGACUAUAUUACUUUGAACUCUCGCCUCCCUAUGAAGCUUUAACUUUACUGUCGCCUCUUCUAAUGUUGGGGCGUCUUGUGCUUGUAAAGGUGCUACUAAACCUAUAGAAUGUACAUAAAGUGGCAUCUCUACCCUCAUUUGUACCUGGUGCUCUAGAUUUGUAGGCCUUUCCUGGUUGACAGUAAACAAUGUAUUUUGUAUUACUUUCCCUCAAUUGCUUUCUGUUGAAAAUUACCAAACCUUUUCUCUUGUGCCAAUAUAAAUAUCCAUCUCCAAGGCCUUUGACUCAGAAAUGACAGGAGAUGAUGUCAGCAAAGUACAACCGGCAACGUUAGGAAUACAAAAAGUUCUCAUGUUAGAAACUUAAAGGGAUAGUUCACACCCAAAAAUUUAAUUUCUAUCACGAAGACUUUGUAUCUUUUAUGAAACACAAAAGGAGAUGUUAAGCAAAAUGUUAGCCUCAGUCAGCAUUUACUUUCUUUGCAUGGUAAAAAAAGAUGCAAUGAAAGUGAAUGGUGGCAGAUUUUUCAUUUCUGGAUGAACUAUCCCUUUAAGAUUUUGUAGUUCAAGUAUAAAGGUAAAAAAACAAAAACAAAGCAGAGCUUUAAGAUCCAAUGUAGAAUUGUUUAGAGCUUUGUUUUGACACUAAAUGUGAAAUGGAUUUUUUUUAAUCUCAUAAAUGUCAGUCUAACGAGUAGGCUGCUUGCAUAUGGAUGCAUGUCAUAAAAUAUGAAUUCCAUAUUUAUUUUAUUUUCCUUUUUACCUUGCGUACCAUUUAAAUUGUAUCGUGCCUUUUUUACCAUUUUAAAGGCUAUAGUGUAUUUUAUGAAAAUAUAAAUUGUAUAAAAUAAAUUAGCAAAAAGUUGUCAUAAGACCGUAAAUCUGGCAGGCUGUUACUGUUUACAAGACUUCUGUUACCAUUUGUAUGCUUUGCAUAAACCUGCCUCACAAUGUUCAUUGCUUUAAAGGAAUAUUCUAGCACCCAUUCAAUAAACAUGGGCAAUAUUA